GACCUCUCUAUGCAAAUCACCUUUCAAGCCCAUAAAAAAAGAGAAAAAACUCUCCCCUCUUUGAUUUUCCGAGAAAAUACUCAAGUUUUGCAGGAAAGUUUGCGAGGAUGUCGGGAAGAGGAAAGGGCGGAAAGGGGCUGGGAAAGGGAGGUGCAAAGAGGCACAGGAAGGUGUUGAGAGAUAACAUCCAAGGAAUCACAAAGCCAGCAAUUAGAAGGCUAGCAAGAAGAGGAGGCGUGAAGAGAAUUAGUGGGCUGAUCUACGAGGAAACUAGAGGGGUUUUGAAGAUCUUCCUUGAGAACGUGAUUCGUGAUGCUGUUACUUAUACAGAGCAUGCUAGGAGAAAGACUGUCACUGCCAUGGAUGUUGUCUAUGCUCUUAAGAGGCAAGGUCGUACUUUGUAUGGGUUUGGGGGUUAGGAUUUGUCGGGUCUUCUAUUUUGGUUGUAUUGAUUUCAUUUGCGUAGGAAUUUAGAUCUUCUAUGGGCUGGAAUUGAAAAAUAGGAUCUGUAAUUGAAACAAUUUCUCAAUCCUGAUUCAGCUGUUGCCAUUUUAGGCCAAAA